AUGGAAAAUAAUGCAUUUUUGACAUGGGACCUUCUAGAGUCCUGGAUUUCUCAAAAUAACUGGAUGGCAAUCUUAUUUAUAAUUUUUCUGGGAAUUAUCUUUGAGAUCAUACUCAUAAAGAUUUGUACAGCCUUUCAGAAGAAGCCUGCACUUCCUUCAGAAAAGGAUAAUACAGAUGCCCACAAGAAAGAAGACAGUUGCCUUAAAAGCAUGAAAUUUGGUAACUGGUCAAUUCAUUCAUCUUCAGAAGAAAGAGUUGAUGACUUUUCAGAAGGAACAAUUACAUCACUUACAUCUGAAGGAAAUGAAGGUAACUUUGGAGACAGAGUUUCACUGCCAGAUGAACCAACACGGGCAAGUACCAGUGAAAGUAAAUAUCGCCUAAGUCACUUUAGUGAAAGUCAGGAGCCAUCUUCAGAUGGUACUAGCUCGUCUUUGUCACUGUUUCAUUCAAAAGCACAGGAAAUUUUUCCAAGGUGCAGAGGGUGUCCUGAAAACGAACGUGAAACAAUACAGUUUUCAUCUAAGAAAUUAUUUUCCAUAAUGAAAGCCAACGAAAAUAAAAAUUUGAUGUUUUCUUCUGACUUUAACUUUUCAAGAAUUUCUAGAAUCAUUAUAGAAAGUGAAGAUCUAGAUGUGGCACCAUUCCCUCCUGCCCAUUUAUUUCUUUCUAGAGACCAAGUCAGACUUCUGGAAGAAAAUGUGAGAAAUCAAAUUCCUUUAAAAUCCAAAGCUAUUUUAGAGAGUAAAACUACCUAUCUGUACUCAAGGUCUCAAGAGCCCUUGACUCAGAAUCAACAUUCUGUUAGAAUGGACAUUUCUGCCGAAGCACAAGAUUCUUUAUCGGGACAAAGUGCUCUUUUGAAUCAAGAUUUUUCUGAAGCCCAAUUUACUAGUCAAGCCCAAAAAGUUGUUAACAACCAGGAAUCAAUCAAUAGCCAGCCUGAUAUCAAGGCCAGAUAUGUUGCUCUGCCUCAAGAUUUGAUGAGGAAACCACUUUCCAGCAGUACACAAGACUCCUUCCAGACCCAAGAUAGGGACAGGAGCCAAUAUUUGGUCCAAGUCCCACAUUCUGUUGAGACUCAAGAUUCAAUCAAGGACCUAGAGUCUGAUACAAAACACUCAGAAGAGGCCCAAUAUUCUGUUUGGUUUGAAGAUUCAAACAAGAUUCAAUAUUCAAUCCCAGGGCAAAAUAAUAUUUUUAAUAAUGCCAGACAUCUAGUUUUAACUCUAAGCCCUAAUUCAGUUGCUAAAGUGAUGCCACAACUAAAGAGUGUAAAGACAAAGGGCCAGAAACAAAUUGCUAUCUCAAAAUUAAACCAGUAUCCUGCAUAUGGCUCAGUGCCUCUUUCACCUACCAUGACCAAGCAGAAAAACAGAAGAAAAACAUUACACAGUAAAAGUAAAUUUAGUCUCAAAGUUCUACCUCAGAAGUCAAAGAAAACACCAACUUCACGGGUAUUUCAAAUCACAGUAUGUCACACUUCAGAAUGUAGCAAGUUAAGACACAGGUUUAAAACUAAGAAGAAAGAGUUACAUCAAAGAAAAGGUAUAUCAUGUAUAGCGUUGUGUCUUAUUUAUGCUUUCAAGCUUGUUCCUCCUUAUAUUAGGAAGUAUUCCAGGAAAAGACUAGCGAAAUUUAUGCCAGGUUUAACAAGAUGUAGACAUUUUCUGCUGAAGCAAAAUAGGUCACUGUAUGCAGAGAAAGUCAACUAUGCAGGGCCUGUUGAGAAAAGAGGAACCUCAGGGAGUACGAAAAAUGAAAAGCAUCAUGGCAGAAACAAUAAAGAACUAAAAAACAUUUCACCAAAAAUUCCACCUCAGCUAGAAGAGUCUUUCAUGGUCAAUACUUAUAAACAAAAAGCACCUUGUUCUUCAUUAAUAGAAACAAACUGGAAGAAUAAAGAGACUCUUAAAGACCCAAUUUUACAAGCAAAGGAAAUGGAUAUUGCAGAGUUUUGUGCCCCAAAUACUGAAAAAACAUCUGACCUGCAUAUUGCAAAGCAUGUGACAACUUUAGAAGAAGCUAUAUCAGCACCUUUGCAGAAAUUUGAUUCCUCUCCCAAAAUGGAGUCAGAUAGAAGAAAGAAAACAUGGGAGGACCUAAAAAGUACAGAGAAUUCACAUCUUCUACUUACAAGUGGAGAGAACUUACCAACUAGUACGUCAGAAAUGCAAAGGUGCUUUCCAGAGGGAAAUACCCACGAAAAAGAAGAUUUUCUUGAAAUUGUUCUGGAGUCUUCAGAUGUCAACUUGGUCUUUACACUAGGAACCAAAAAGCAUAAAAGCAGUGAACAAUCAGCAGGUGUAGAAAUUCAAGAGAGUCCAGAAGGUGUAAUUGAGAAGGAAGAGAAACCAUUAAUAGUUAAUGUUACAGAAGAUGGUGACCUAAGUGAAAAUGAGGAACUCGAAUGCAACACUAGAAGCAGCAUAAAAAAUAGGCAAGAUGAAAGAAUAUCUGAUGCAUUUCAGGAUGCCACUCACACUGCCCUUUCUGAACCACCUCAUAUGGAAAUGCAGAGUGGAUUAAAAACCAAGACAGAUACAUCAAGAAUAGGGCUUAGUCACUCAGCGGUAAAGCAAGACGAAUUACCAGGUGACAAGAAAACAUGGAGUGCAGAAUACAUUGAGAAGAGAUGUAUAUUUAAAAAACCACAGGAACAUGACAGAGAGAAAGAACAACAGGCUCUACAAGAAGCAGAUCCACAGCUAACACCAGCUUUCAGGUUCAGUCUACAACUAAAGCAGAAGCCCAAGUACGGCAAAUUUGAAAUUGGACAGAGCUGUUUAGAAAGUAGAACAACUCAAAAUGAAGAGCUAGAGGUACAACCACACACUCUUUCUACAAAAACGAUUGUGGGGACUGGUCCGUGCCCCACAAUGGAUCCAUUUCAAGUUGAGAAGGUGAAGCAAAGCACAGACAGACCUACAGGCAGGGAAACUGCAGAUCCAGUGCAUCCUCUUACAGUGUCAGAGAGCUUGCCAGUUUUAACUGAAACAACAGAACAUGGUGUUGCAUUGUGUGGAAGCCCCGGAAAGCCCCUGGAUGAUCAAAUUUCAGAAGAAAAGGAAGACUUAAAAAGAGUUUUACCUGAAGUUGCCCUGGGGUUGUUCCAUAGGCGUAUGCUUCCUUUAUCAAGUGUGAAAAGGCAGAGAAUCAAAAAAAAAUUACCAGAAACCAAAAAUGUACUCUGUCUCAACCGUGUAAUUAUGAAAGUAAAGACACCACCAAUACAUCGUAGAAGAAGAUUGAGAGGUGAUUUCAAAAUCAUGAUUAAACAAAUACUGCAAGAUAAAACUGUGGCAGAUAUGCGUCUGAAUGUUAUUGACCCUCACGUGUCUAUUUUGCCUCAUAUUAGAACACACAGCAGAUUAAAUGCAGAGAAUCACAGUCAUACCAAGCUAAAACAAGAGACAUCAGAAGUUGAAAGAGAAGAAAAGUGUUCAGAUACCAUUACUAAAGGAAGUGACUCUGGAGACACACCAGAAGCAGCUAAAUUGCAAGAUGAAGUGAGUGGGGACAAAGAAGCUUCACCCCAAGCAGUCCUUGAGGAUCGCUGGAACCUCAGAUUGGAUGCAUAUCCAGAGAAAGAGCUUAAAACAAAGAAAGAAAUGCAACAACCAGUCACAUUUGCAGAAAUCAUGAUGGAGUCUGUUUACUCGGCCAUAACAGAUGCAUUUCAUGCUGAGAAUAUGAAGAAAAGCCUGACCACACAAACAGAUUUAAGAUGCACUGCAGAUUCUGAGAUGCCUCCCCGAGCAUCAGAAAAAUCACUGAUUGGAGACCCUUUAACAACAAGAGAAAGUGAUGUUCCAGAUCAUGGAAGUGAUACAAGGGAAAUGGUUUAUUCUUUUGCAGAAACAAAGGCAGAGUUACCCAAAGAUUUACCAGCAAUUUUCCCAGAGACUUUUAAUUGCCACAUGCCUGUUUUAUCUCAUUCUAAAGUGAAGAAAAAUAGAGCAAGAUUCUCACACCUAGAAAGUAGAGUGAAGUCCAAGUCUGUACACAUGAAGGCAUUGAAGCCAUCAAUUUCACAAAUAUGUAAUACCACAGGUCAUAGAAAGAAACUGGAAUCUUACUUUAAGGCCAAGUUUGAAAAGAUCAACCAAGCUAAUGGGCUGGUUUAUGAAUUUCUAAACACCCUUUACUCUCCUGUGUGCAGCAGGUUACAAGGAGAGACAAACAGCUUCUGCCAUGCUCAGGUAAAGCUCCAGGGACUAGCAGGUGAGGGGAGACCACAGUAUGUUGAUUUCUUUGAUAAGAGUAGUGCAUUCUAUGACAGAGAAGAAAAAGCACAAGAUGGACAGGAAGAGGAGCAAACAAUGUUGCUAGUAACUGCUCCGCAGCAUACCCAGUACCUCUGGAUCAAUGGGUAUCAAGGGAAAGAGACCCACCUUGCCAAACCAGACCCAGCACUGGACCGUUUAACACAGGAACAAGAUAUACAGCACCAAACAUGGUUUACACAAACUGUUUUGCAGACUGGCCUCCAGAUGGGUCCUCGAGAAGCUAAGGAACUCCAGAAGAUCAACAAACCAGAAGAUGACAUAACAGCCCCUACGGGUCUGGAGAUUCCAGCUCCCGAGGCAGGGGAACAAGAUUUACCAGCUCCAGGGACUAGCCAAGGCCUCAUAUUCAAUAUACAUCAGACAAAGGAUCAUGACCUUGUCAAAUCAGAUGAGGAACUGAAACAACGAGGAAGUAUAAAUAUUCAGGUACAACCACGAACACAUUUUGCACAGAUUAUUUUAAGCUCUGCUUCAUGCCCUACAUUGGAUCAGUUUCAAUUUAGAAAGCUAGAGAGCUAUGCUAGGUUUUCACCUCCAAUGUCAGGAGAAGCAAAGAUUGAUGAACAAAUAUUUUCUUCAAGAGAAUUUGGUGUUCCAUCUGAUGCAAACCAUCAAAAGGAACAAGCUGAUGGUACUGAAAAGAAAGAGACAGUGACUUUAGAUUUCUGCCUCGCUUCUUUAUCUAUAUCCAAAAGCAAGAGAAACUUCAAACAAUAUUCAGACAUGAAAAACUUAAUGAAGCCCAAAUGUGGAAUUUUAAAAGCAAAGAAACCAUCAAUUUCAAACUUGCUCAAUAUCAAGGGUGGUGCUAUCCCAAAUCAUAGAAAAGAAUUGGGAUAUAACUUAACAACCAAAAUGAAAGAGGUGGAUCAAGGUGAAAAAAUGGCAGAUGACAGGUACUCCCUCACGUCUAUUAUACCUGCCAUUAAUAAGUAUAGCAAGAGAGAAAGGGAAAAAUACAUGUUAGGAGAAAAAAGACUCAGUUCUAAACAAGUAAAGCGAGAGAUAUCACCACAUGAAGGCAAUAUUACUCCAGGUGACACCAAAGAAACCAAUCUUCAAGAUGAAGAGGAAGAAGAAGGUGAACAGGAGAUGUUAAAGAUAAUUCCACAGCACAGCCAGCAUUUCAUCUUCUGUUCAGGCCAGAGGAAGGAGCUUGACCUUCACAAAUGGGGAAACAAAGGACGUGGGAAAAUUCUGUUUGUUACAGAACAAGACGUCCCACGACAAACACAGCUUCCAGAUCCAACCCAGGCAGAGGAGCCAAAGAGAAGCCAGCAGACACUAAAUGGCACAGUGUGGUCAGCAAGUUCAACCCUUCCCUUUCUGAAGUCAAAGGAAUCACUAAUUGAUCAAGUUUUAAUUGAUACAAUGAAAUGUGAUGUCCCAAGUAAUGGGAGAUGUACGAGGGACCUGUACGCUCAUGGUAAAGAGGAAAAGGCAGAGUUCAAAGAAGAUGUACAAGCAACUGUUCUAGAGCUAGAGAAAUCACCAAGUGAUGGGGAAGCAUGGGAGGCCAGUUUGACUGAUACACAAAGCAGAUCCAGCAACACAGGUAAAAUGAAUGUGCCACAUAAAAAGGAAGAGGAAAAUAUCCCAGAAAUGUUAGCAGAAUCAGUUCUGCACUAUAGUCAACACUUCCAUUUCAGUUCCCAUCAUAUGAAAAAUCUUGGCCCUUGCAAACCAAAAUCUAAACUGAAUAGUUCAGAAGGCAGAAGGACUUGGAAUUUGUCUUGCACCAUGCAAAAUAUGAGGCAAGAAGAACACAUUAGAGAAACUAUUUUAGAGCAUGUUUCUAGAAAUGUGAUGAAUUUUAUUCGAGUACAAAUAUUGAAGAAAAGUUUUCAUACUCAAGAGAGAAUACAACAUAUGGUAGGUCUAAAGACCCCAUUUCCAAAAGCUAGAAAAUCAGAGACUGGUUCCAUACAAUGUGAUGGUCUCUGGGAUGGAAAUCUGAGGAGGAAAUGGGAUCGUCCUAUUUCUAAGGAAAAGACAUGGAAUCAAAGUGACCUAGUAAGAACUGUCUUAAAGCCUUUAGAUUUCUCCAGCCUUGAUUCAUCUGAACCCCAAAGCCAGAGUUACACAUUAGAGGUUGCAGACAAGAAAAAUACAAUGAGUCCCAAGCAGGUAAUUCUGGAGGCAGAGAAACCAUCAAUUUUACAGGUGCUUAAUAGCACAAGUUGUCUUACAGGAAUCCAUAGAAAAAAACCCCACAAAGUUAAGUACAAGAUAAGAGAGAGGCAAUGGAAUGAAAGUGUGAGAGAGACAUUACUCCUCACCACUGAGGGAGCUAAGAUUCCAACGCCCAAGUUAGUGAUUGCUCAAUUCUCAUUCGAUACAGCAGCGAGGGAUACUCUGUGUAAUGACAGAACAUGUCACAAAAAUCUGGGUGGUCUUAUUACAGAGAAAAAGGCAGAGUCGGAGGAAAACUUAGCCACAGCUGUCUUGGGGCCUUUAGAUUUAUUCACGCCUGUUUUAUCUGACUCUGAAAGCCAGAUAAACACAGUACAAGAGAAAGUCAUACUGAAUCCCAUAUGUUUAGCUCUGAAGAAAAAGAAGCCACUCAUUUCACAGAUACUUAAAGCCAAUAGGCAGUUUGCCACAAAGCAGAGGACAAAACUUAGAACCAAUUUAAAAACCAAAAUGAAAGAGAUUUGGCAAGGUAAAAAUGUGGCUGUUAUAUUUACAAAUGCCAUUUACUUCACAUUGGAUACCUCUGACAUUAAAAGGCAAAGCAGAUUCAAAACAGAGAUAGACAGGGUAUCAAGGUUUAGUCCUGUACAACCAACACACAUGGAGUUGCCAGUUGAAAGCCAAGUGAUUUUACAAUCAGUUAAUGCUGCAGGUCAUGCUGCUUUAAGCAUUAAUAAGGAACAGCAACAGGAACAGGAGGUGGGCAUAGAGAGAGAGAAAACUGUGUUAAAUGCAGACCUAAAAUCUACAGAUGCUUCUAUGUCUAUUCCACCACACAUAAAAAUGGAGCAGUCACCUAGUACCUGGGGUAACUAUGAAGAAUCUUCUGAAAAGAGAAAUGCCCUGAACAAAGCAAAAGUUACAGAGGAAGAAGAGUAUGAAGAACAGGUUUUGUUUGGAACACCUCCACAAAAUACCCAGCCAUUUGAGUUUCUACAAACGAGACAGCAAGAACCCUGUAUCUCAGGAACCAUCCAGAAUUCUGCUUAUGCUUACAAUCCUAAAUAUCCUAAAAUCAUAAAACAUAAAGCAAAUGCAAAAGCAGCAGGUGUGAAAAACACCAAGCAUACUGAACAGGUAAAAUCGAAGGCAAAGAAACCACUUGUUUCCCUGAUGUAUAACACAACAGGGUAUGGAACCCAAAGCAACGAAAAGGAAACGAGGUGUAACAUCAAGAAACAGAAGCCGGGGUUCCAGCAAGGUAAAGCUGAGGUAGAGUUCAUUCUGAAAACUAUUUUUGACUCUGGGUCUAUUCCACCUCAAAUUCAAGCGUUGAUGGAAGCAGAAAUGGAGAAAGGCAAGGCACAAAGGCUGAUACACAUUCCUCCAGAGCCAAAGCUGGAGAAAGCACUAAACAGAAGACAAAUAGCAUUUUCACAGUCCAUUGCUAAGAGUGCUAAAUCAAGAAAUAUUAAAACACUGAAACAAUAUAUUAGAGAGCAAGAAGAAAAGUACCAAAUUGCUUCACCAGACGUUCUCCCACAAUGUAAAUGCCAAUUCGUGAUGAGCCAGCCACUGAAGAAAGAGCCUGACGAUGUCAAAUUCACAGUAGAUUUGAAAAGAGAAGUAUAUCCUGAUCGACAUUCACAAAAGAGGGAAACCAACUGCACUAUGUUUGACAUCUCAAGAAUUAGAUUACACACAAAACACAAAUUCCUUAUCACACCAGGAGUAAAGGAGGGAGAUGGAGACAUGACCCAACAUCCAUUUCCAACUCCACAGUGGAGAGAAGUAUCCAAGAAAACGGACAUUUCCUUAAGUUCAAAAGGACAGAAUAUGUUUCUUCCAGAGUUGGAUGCUUCUCAACAGAAAACUUGCAAGGAGCAGAAACUGCUGAAACAAGGAAGUAUUUCAAGGACACACCUGGAGCAUACUUUGUAUCCCAUUAUGGAAACUCCUCAUUUGGAAAAUACAGUAAAGGUCUCUGAGGAAGGUACGUACAUUGACAGAAAAAAUAUUUCACAUCUAUUGGGAAGAGAAGGAUUAAGAGAAACUGAUAUCUUACAGGGUUCAAAAGGACAGACAUUUCUUUGUACAAAUGUAGAGGUCCAGCGAUAUAUGUCUGCAGUGCAGAAAGGAGAAAUGAAACCAGAUCACGCUCCUGAACGGAUUCUGGAUUCAUUAUCUUGUCCCAGUGAGGAGCCUCUUCAUGUAAAAGGGGUAAGAAAUGCAACAGGGAAAGAAAAUGUUAACAUCCCUAUCGUUUCAAAUGUAAAUCCACGGAGAAAAGAGAAACCAAAGUUAAUGGAUAUUCUGUCAAAAUCAAAUGAACAGAAAAUAAAGUUUUCCAAAAAACGGAGGGAAAAGCAACGAAAUAGUUCUAACCAGAAGAAGGAGCAUCUUCUGGAAUCAGUUUCCUCUUGCAUAUUGCAUCAACUCCAUAUUGGAAAGCGAAAGAAAGAAGUCUCAGCCAAAGGAAUCAGUCCAACAGUUUUGAGCCCAGUGGUAGAGAAAGCAUCAAACAAAGCAGAUAUUCCAGUGGAUCAACCUCCAUGCUCAGAAGGAAUUAAUUUGCAUAUUGGAGGAAGAAAAGAACAUCAACAAGAAAAUACAUGCAACGCUCUUGCAACAUCUGUUUCUCAUUCUUUGAUUAAUAUACUUCAGAUUAAAUUGCUAAGGGUAACAAAAGCAUUAAAGGAAGUCGAUAGUCCAACGUACCACACUUCAAAUACAGAAGGAAUUGGAAUUGGUUUGCUUAUUACAGGAAAGGGAGAGCAGCAAGAGAAAUGUACUUAUGAGGCUCUUCGAAAGUCUGCAUCUCACCCCCAAGCAGGUCUACGUCAAACUGAUACCCCAGUGCAAGAAGUAAAACUAGAUGGCAUGAAUAGGAUGAACUGUGAAUAUUCACCUCCACACGCUAAGGAAGCAUUGAAAGGAAUGGGUGUUAUUGUUGGAUAUAUUCAAAGAAGUGAAGAAAGACAAAACUUACCCAGUAUAGAACAAAGCCAGCAGCACUUGCUGACUCCCUCUGAGAAUCUUCUGGAGCAUACGUCUUACCCUCAAAAUGAUCCCUGGCUGCUGCCACAUUUAACACCUCCAACAAAGGAAGCAUUAUCAGAAGUAGGUAGUGUGUCAAGCAGGACAAAAGGGUUAGACUUGAUUUCUAAAGAUCAACUAAAUUCCGGAUGUGAGUAUGGCCUGGAAUGGACUGUACCCUCGAUUCCUCCAAGGCAAACAACAAAACAAAAUACAAGGCUGCAUUUAGAAUCAUUCACUAAAACUGUAAAAUACCAGAAUGUCUCAUUGCCGAAAGGAGAGAAAUCACUGGAUGGGGCGCAGGGAUUGUCAGAUGCAGUGAUAAUAUGUGGGGAGCCAACUGAUGAUAUUUUAAGCAGCAUAGAAAGAUCAAAAUGUAUGUCACAGGAGAAUGAAGAUAAAGUGGAAAUGGCUUUGGAAGAGAUAAGGAAUCCCAAAAGAAUAGCUUUGGAGGAUUCAUCAGAUACAGGAAACAUAGCACACAAAAAGUCUGUUUAUGGUGAUAACUCAAACAGUGUAAAAAAAGCCAAAGAACAUAUAAUGCAGGAAGAAGAGGGAAGAGUAAAAAUGGCAAAACUCCUACCUUUGGAGAAAAAGAAAUCACCAAGUUCACAGGAAAUCCAGUUGGACAUCAAAGAACAAAAGAAAAAGAUACAAAGAAUUCAGGGUGAACCAAGUGUGAUUUUGACAUGUACUUCCAUACCUGCUACUUCUUUUAAAUUGGAUACAAGAAUAAAAGAGGAAGACUACAGAUCUGAAGUAACAAGUUACUCUCUUCCAGAACCAUCACACCAGAAAUCAUCAGAUGUAGUGAAAAAAGAAAAUAAAGAGUUCAUCAAGGGUGAUAUCACAAGUGAUGUACAAGCAGCAAACGAAUAUAUGCCCCAGAAGGGAGAGGAUAGAGGAAAAAUAGUAAAUACGAAAUAUAUAAUGUACUCCAAAGAGACAACUUCCAAGGCAAAGGUAUUACGACAUGUACCCAAUACCCCUGGCAGGUCUAGCCCCCAAAUUAGAGAAGUACAGACAAACAGAAGAGAAGACUUGGGACAUGUACAGGAAAGAAGAAGUGAACUAGAUGAGGUUCUGAAAGAACCUUGUCUACCUCAAUUUACAUUAAGCAAAGUUAUAGAAGGCAAGAAAGAGAAGCAAGGAGUAAUAAAACCUGGUAUUCCAUUCUCAUGGCACAGGGAAUCAUCAAAUGCAGAGAAAUUAAAAUACACACUGUCACCUGUGAAUGAUAUCUCAAGUGAUUUGAAAAGAACAAAAUACAUGACACAGAAAGAAGAGGAUAAAGCAAAUAUUUUUGUGAGAGACCUAAUGCAUCCCAAGUGCUUAGCUUUGAAGGCAAAGAAAUCACCCCUUUUCCAUAUACUCAAAGCAAAGAAACUGCAAGGGAACAUCAAAGAGCAAGUGAAAAGGGGGCAGGAAGGUAGAAGGGACACAGUCAUGCUUCUGAGCAAAAUUUGUUCUUUUGUCACUUCUUCAGUUCAUCUUAAAUUUGACACAGCAACAGAAGAAGAAGGUGUUCCAGGAAUCAUAAGGAAUUAUGUGCCACCCCCUGAGCUCCAAGAUUCAUUGCCUUCAGUGCAGAUAGCACCUCCAAAGUCAACUGAUAGCCACAGAAACAAAGAAAAACAACAUCCACCACCGAAAGAAAAGGACAGAGUACAAACAGCAGCCAUGAGUGGCUCAGUGUGCACUAGUGGCACGGAUUUCAAGGCAAAGACAUCAUCCCCUCCUCAUGUGUUCACUGUUGCUGAGCACGGUGCUCUGAGUAGGAGAAAGGAACCAUGGCCGAGCAUUGAGGAGAGAGUAGAACAGGGGCAGGGAAGAACAGAAGACCUUGAUGUGGCUCCAACAAAAACUCCUCCUUCCUCGCCUUCUCCAUCUCACCAUAGAUUGGAUGCAGGAACCAAAGGAGACGAAGACUUGCCUGCAGUUGCAGGAUUCUCUCCUUCACCAUUUCAGCUCCCUGAGUCAUCAGGUGCAGGGAAAGCCAGAUAUCCAGAUUCCAGUCAAGGUAUUAGCUCAUGUAAUGGAAUAAUAAAAACUAACGGACAUAUGCCAUAUAGAGAGACAGAGGUCAGAGUAAAAACAAAAGACAAGAAAGAUAGAAUAUACCCCAAAAUAAUAACUUUGGAAGCCCAUACAUCCCCACUUACACAUCUACUCAGUAGAAACAGACUACCUUUGAAUGUCAAAGGGCAAGGGAAGGAAGUUCAGGACAGCAAAGGUGAGCCAGAAAUGGUUCUGAGGGACACUCGUGCCUCCUUACUUUCUCCAUCUUACCUGAAAUGGGACACUAGCAGGAAUGAAAAGGAACACACAGAAAGAAUAAUACAAUCCUGUUUUUCACCACUGAAGAUUUAUGAUCCAUUUAAUCCAAGCAAGAAAGCAGAUGCUAAGUCAUUUGAUGGUUAUUUGUUAAAUGACAAAGAUAGACUCAAAACAGGUAUUGAAGACAAAGUGCUCCCAAGUGAAAAAGCAGAUACUAGGUCAUGUGAUGGUUAUAUGUUAAAAGAGGAAGUUAGACUCAAAACAGAUACUCAAGACAAAGUGUUCCUGAUACCUAUGCAUCAGAACGCAAAGGAAUUACCACUUUCACAUAUACGUGAUACCAAAGAAUUGAAGUGGAAAAUUAAAAAGCAAAGGAGAAAGGUACAGCGAGAGGACAGUGAACUAGUCACAGAAUUGAAAAACACUUAUACUUCUUUACUGGCUCAACCAUAUCUUAAAUCUGAUACAACAGAAGGAAAGGGGGGGUACAUGAUAAGAAUUACAAAAUUGCCUCUCCCACAAGCACAGUCCAAGGAAUCAUCAGAAUAUGCUGAAACCAAUGAGGGACAACUUACAAAAGAUGUAAAAAAAUUAAAAGAACACAUGCUACACAAAGAAGAGAAGGAGAGAGAGAAAUAUGUGGAUAUGAAUAGUAGAGUGGACCACAAUAAUAUGGAUUUGGAAGCAAAGGAAUCACCUAUUUUACUUACAUACAAUCUAAGGGACCUUCAGUGGAAAACUAAAGGGCAAGAAGGGAAGGUUCAGGAAGAUAAACGGGAGCCAGGUGAUGCAACACUGACUGAGACUUGCACUUCUAAGUCUUCUCCUCUUCACCUUGACAGAAACACCAGCAUCACAGAAGAGGGCAUGCCAAUAUUAUCAGGACCCUCUUUUCCCCCAGUAAACUUCCAGAAAUCAUCAGGUCCUGAGGAAGUGGUACAUGCAGAGCCAAUGGCUAGUGAUACUGUCAUCAGUCCCCCAAAAGAAAAACAACAUUUGCCCCAGAACAAAGAAGAGGAUGGAGUAGAAAGAGGAAACCUCAUGUCCCCAAAACAUCAUGAAAAGGAGAUGCAGGAAGGUAAAGAUGGACCAGGUAUGGUUCUGACCAAAUCUUCUACUUCAUCACCAUCUCUCCCUGCCCUCAAAUUGGAUAAAGAAGUACAAGUCAAUAAUGAAAUGCUAACACUUAAAAGGUCUGUUUUGCUGAGAAUAUCACAUGCAGGGGAAAUAGUACAUACAGAUUCAAUCAUACAUACAUAUUCAAUUAGUGGUGAUACCCUGAAAGAUGUUCAAAACGAGAAACAACCUAUGCCUGAGAAAGAAGAGAGGGAAAGAGAAAAAACGGUAGAUAGGAGAGGUGCGAUGGACACCAAAGAUAUAACUUUGAAGUCCAAGAAGUCACCUUCUUCAUAUAUGCUCCACAGAACAGAAUUACAUCUGAACAUUGGGGGGAUAGAGCAAAAGAAACAGGAAAGUCAAGGUCAAGGUAAACCACCCAGUACAGGGGUAAGAAACAUUUAUGAUUCCAAACCUCCAGCUAAGCUGGAAUUGGAUAAAGGUACACAAGUAGAUGAAGGAAGGCUUGGAAUUAAAAAACCCUCUCUACUUUCACAAAUGCUUUCAGCAUUAUCAGAUGCAAAGAAGAGACCAGAUACAAAGGGAAUUGGUAGUGACGUAAUAAAAAGAAAACAACAUAUGUCAGAGAAAGGAAAAAAGUAUGAUGUGAAAAAAGUAGAUAGGCUCAGGACACAUCACAAAGAGGCAACGAUUUCACCAAUACCACAUGUCCUUAGUACAAAGGAAUUUGUGUUGAAUGUUAUUAAAGGGCCAGGGGAAAAAGUGCACAAAGGUAAAGAUGAACCAUGUAUGGUUCUGACAAGAACUUUUCUUUCCAUCCCAUCAGCACCUCUUUUUCUAGAGUCAGGGAGCAAAAUAGACAAAGACGCACCAGGAAUCAUGGGAUCCUCUCGUCCACAGAAGAAUCUCCAGGAAUCAUCAGAUACCCAGAAAACAGCAAUUAGAGAGUCAGCUGCUGGUGAGAGUGAAAUUGUUAAAAAUGCAGAACACUCGGUGCCAGAAGAGGCCAUGCAAGAGUGGACCUCAAACUUCAUGAUCAGUGUACAGCGAAGGAAGGAACCUCCACGAGUCAAAUCUGAAGGAGAUUUGAGUCAGUUACUUUUAAAUUCACAGCAUGAGGACUUUUAUUUCACAGGAUUUGGUACCAUUACAAGUGGGAAAAGGCUGGAAUGUUUCUUUUCAGGGCCAGAGGCUCAGCGAGAAAAAUACAAACCAGAAACUUUUACUAUGGUUCUUUCCUUCCCCACGAUGGAUCUAACUAAAAUCGAAAAUCUGAAGAAAGAAAUGGAAAUAAUGAAUAACUUAAACCAUAAAAUAAGUCCUCAGGUUUUAGUUUCACUUUUAAGGAAACUAUCCAAGGACAUAUAUGCCACACUUGGCUCCCCUGUCAGUUCAGAAGGAUUUUCUGCUUCAGAGCAAGGUGCCUACCAACAAGAAACUUUAUCAAAAGCACCUCCAGGAUCUGCAGAGUCAUGUAAAUUUGAUAGGCCAGAGGAAGACAGACGAAAUAAUGAAAAAAUAAGUGAAAUGUCCUCUCCCAAAGUGUUAGCACCACGGACAAAGGAAUCACUUGAGAAAAUGAAUAUCACAGAGUCAAAUGACCCCCAAAAUAUAGAAAAAGAAGUUGUCAUGAAAAAGCAAGUUUUGGUGCAGUCUGGGAGUGGACAGAAGACCAGGGUGGAUUCUAGCCUUUCUCUGAAGAUUCCACUUCAAAAUGUAAAGCAGAAGACACCACUGGAAAUAGAUAUGCACAAGCAAACUACAGUGUACCCCGGAAUACAAAUACUACCAGGAAUACACAUGGAUAUUACAGAGUUUGAUGCCCAAAGAGGGAACAGGGAGCAGACAUUGCUUGUUCCAGAACAAGAGGAACACAGUCUAGAGUCACUUCAGAAGUCUAUUUCCUCCUGUUGGACUUUUGCACUUCAAUCUGGAGAUCUGGAGGAAAAAAACGAAACUGACACAAGCUCUACUAGAAAUCUGGUGCAAAAAAGGUUACAAAAAAAGAUAUUAAAAAUAGACACAAAUAUAGCUGUCCAUCUGGAAGAGGACAAAAUAGAAAUGCACAAACCCACCAUUGUUAAUCUGGAGAAGAAGACAAUAAAAAUGGACACAAGCAAUACAGUAAACCUGAACACUGCAUCUAUAAAGGCAGAGAAACCUCAAAUUAAGACUCAGGUAAUCACUCAUAUGGCAAACAGCUGCCUAAUCAAGCAAAAACAUAAAAAGGAACGAGAAGUUUCUGGUGCAAAACAAAACAUCCAGCUACAAAAAAUGUUUCAAAAAUAUGUUCUCAAUUCAUUUUACGCCGAUACUCCUCUUUCUCCCAAAUUUGGAGGCCAGAAAGGCAGAUUAACAAUAGCAGACUUGAAAAGAGAAUUGAGCCCCAAAUAUUUAAAUAUGAAAACUCCAAAGCAUCCAGUUCUACAGAUUCUAGGCAAUACGGGACAUGGUACUCCAAGCAAUCGAAAGAAAUUAGAGUAUAACUUUAACAAACCAAAGAAAAGAGCUUUGUGGAGAGAAGAUGCCUCAGGAAUACUUGUCAGAAGUCUUCCUAUUUCCAUGAUGAGUCUGUCUCAGACUAAAGAAACAGUAAAAUCUGAGACAAACCUAGAAAGAGCAAAGAGAACCCAUCUUUCAAAAUUCCAGAAGAAAUCACCAAAUGCUAGUGAAACUGUGAAGAGGGGCAGCUCAAGCACUGUAAAAGAAGGGGACCAGAAUUUUACAAAGACAGUUCCACAGGAUUCCCAGCCUUUCAUGGUGGAUGAACAACAAAUGCACAAACUUCCUAGUGUCAAAUCAGAAGCAAACCUUAGCCGUGAAAUAUAUAAAAUUUUAGCUCCACAAACAAAAGAAAGUGUUGUUCCAGGUGAUGAUAUCUCAAGGGUCGUAAAAGAACCUGACUUGCUUAUGAUCAAGCAAGAGAAGGCACCAAAACCCAUUCAGACACCUACAGAGUGUCCAUUCAUGUCUGAAGCUCCAAAGGAAAAUUGUGCCUCGCCACCCAAGCAUAGGGAUCAGAGUGGACCUGUGCAGGACACAGCCAUACAAAAGGUCCAGCAACAAAAAACUUCUCCAGGAACUGUGCUCGUACCACACCAAGUUAAAAGUAAUGAAAUAAAAAUAGUGGCAGAUAGUCCAAGUACAGAAAAUAUACUUCCUCUUUAUGAAGCAAUUAAAAAUGUCAUUGAAUCCCAGGUAAAAAAUAUGAUUCGAGACAAAUUUUUUCCUAAUAUACUGGAAAAAGUAAAAGACAAUAAGACUGAUGAUUGGAAGUCACGACAUUUGGCAGGGGGUCCAGAUGCAACAUCCAUGACAAUACAUCCCAAAUUGCAGCCAAAACCUAUUUUAGAAAAAUUUACUUGCAAAGAAAAAUUCAAGCCCACUAAUCAUUUAGAGUCAAAAACACCUGAAAUAAAACUGAAUUUGAUACCAGAGGUGGUAAAACAACCCUUCCAAAAGUUCAACUUUUAUCAAAAACUGGCUAUUUCAAAACGUAACAGUUGGAAGCUCUAUCCAAAACAUAAAAAAAUGUUCUUUUUGUCUCUGAGAGGGAUUGAUACCAUAGAAUUUAACCUAAAGCACAAAUACCAAAAAGACUCACCUCCUGUCAGCUGUAUGAAGUCACUGAUUGUUAAUGUUUCAAGGGGCAGUGAAAAGAUCAUUACAAAGUUAAAGAGUAUGAAAGAGCUAGAAAUUGGAACAUCUCCUUUGACUUCUGCUAGAGAGAUGACAUUGCCUCAUAUUCUCCAAAACUAUUCAGUAGGAGAAAAAAACAAACUUCUCAUACACUUUUCUAUGAAAACACUGGAGAUUCAAAUGAAAGCCUUUCCCAGAAUUGUAAGAGAAUCUUACACAAUGGCCAGGGCUCAGGAUGGAAAGAAACCUUUAUCUAAAUGUAUUCAUUCUGGUGUCAAAGUACCAAAACGAAAAAACAGCGUUUUGUUACCUUUUGAGGAAAACUCUCUUCAUCAAAUAGAUCUUGAUUUACAACACAAAUACCUUCGUUUUCUCCUGGGCUCUCCAGUCAAAAGUACGUUCCCUAAGCCAAAGGCACUUCCCAAACAUAUUCUUAAAUUACAGACAGUUGCAAUACAUAAAAAACUAGACAAUAGUGGAGAAAGUGGUGGUCUUUCCAUUGAUACAAGACCGUUAGAAGAACAUAUCUCUUUCAAAAAGCAAAGUUUCCAUGAAAACUCAUCAUUAGUCAGAAAUUUCUUGGAGCCCACUCAGGUGUGUGCCUCUGACCCUGAUCAACACAACACAGUGCAGAAAGAUACCAUGGCUCUUUCAAAGUUAAAAUCUCAUGUGACUCCAGAAGAAGAUAAACGAUGUCAUGUAUGGUUUCAAGAAACAAAUACAUGUGAAUCUGUUGAUUUAAAGACUCAGGAAAAGACUCAGGAUUUAGUUGAUUCCCAUUCAAUAAAGAAUUUUGAAGAUUUUACUGAUAGUCAGACAAAUAUUGAGAGUUCAGAUAACUUGGAGGAAUGCUCAGCUCUUGAUGUACAUGAGAGUGAAGAAUGUGUUUUUUUAGAUGCCAACCCUUAUUUAAGUUGGAAAUCACAGAAUAUUCUGUUUGAAUUACAGAAAGACAUGCCUGUGGAAAAUCUCUACAAGAAGAAAAAAAUCAAAACUGAUUUGAAACCACUUUACAGUGAAGAUUCAGGUUCCCAUCAUAUUAGGGGCUGUCAAAAACAUUCCUCAUUUGUGACACCACCUUCUUACAAAUCCCACAAAAGCAGGAAACAUAGGUCAUCUUCCAAAAUGCGAUGUCCUGACUCAUGGUGUCACAGUUCCUUAAAUACUGUAGAGGUUUUGUCUGUAUCAUCUUCUGUUCCGUUCAGCAAAGAGAAGCUUUCGAAGACUACAAGGAGUGGAAAACGUUAUUAUUUAGUCCCCUUAAUGGAAUCAGAUACUAAAUUACAUCUUGCAAAAAGCCAAGGCAAACCUCACAGGCAUUUGGAAAGCAAAGGACGGAAGAAGGCCAAAUUGGAUUUAUCUAGAAAGAACAACACUCCUUGGGAAUGUGAUGACAGUUAUACACAGAGUAAAGAGAAAUGCACAAGAAAGGAGAAAGUACAGGAUUGUGAAUCAGAAAGAUCAGAUUAUUUCCCAAGCAAACAUAAGUCAGCAUCAAAACCUCCUCAAGAGGAUAUCAGCUUCCAUUCUGAAAGAGAACAAAACCAGCCAUUUUUUUAUGCCUGUAUACCAUCAGACUCGCUGGAUAUUAUACCCCAAACCAUUCUCUGGACUAUUCCCCCCAACACUUUAAGGACAAAGAACUUCAGAAUUCCCCUGAUGGCCAAGAUUUCAAGUUCUUGCAACAUAUGGAGUUCAUCCAAAAAGCUGCUGGGGUCGCUGUUAGGGUCCUUCAGCCUUGUUCGUCAAAAAUGAUGUUACCAUAUCAAGAUGCAUCUCGAGGGGAAA